GAUAGAUAUGCCAAUUUUACCAUCCUAUAUGUAUGUGGUUCAAUACUUCACGCACCAAACUUUUCUUUUUUUCUUGAGUUUAAAUGGUAAAUAAAUUUGUUAAGUCUCGCUUUCAAUUUAUUUUUCCACGAACAAAACACGCCAAUACGAAAUUAUUUGAAACCGACGGCUUCUCUAUAACUGCUCGCCCAUCCCUCUUCCAUCACGGGGACAACUGACAAAAUCUCUUCCAUGUUUCAUAGUUUUCCUCAAAACAAACAAAACAUGAAUUCUUCUUCACACUAUCUUUCUUCUACUCUCUUCGUCUCCCUCCUCCUCCUCCACUCAUCUCUCUCCUCCGCCACCAGUAUCACCGCCAUCCCUCCGCCGGAGCAACGCUGGGGAACUAUUUCCGAUCAACCCGCGGGGAAUGAGAAUGAGAAUGGCCUCAUCCACGAAGCAUGCAAAGCCUCACGUGACCCACCGACAUGUGAGUCUACAUUAUCCGAAUCGGGUCACGUUCCGCCUCCCACUACUACUAAUUCAACCCUCUUAAAUGUCAUUCAAUCCGCCACGUGGGCCUCCUCGGAAAACCUCAACUUAGCCACCGCCAUGGUGAGCUCCAUACUGAACGCCUCCCUCGCCGCCGGCGAUCUCAACCUCACCACCGCCGCCAGAGGCUGCCUGGACGGCCUUAUCAACUCCCAGUACCGGACGGUUUCGACGGCCGAGGCUCUGACACUUGGAAGGAUAAAAGACGCACGUGCAUGGAUGAGCGCGGCUUUGGGUUACGAAUCCGGGUGCUCCGUCGGGUUGGCUAAAGUAAACCGGGAUUACAAGACCAACGAAUCGGUGGCGUUCCUAAACAAGUUAGCUUUCUUGACCGGUAACGCAUUGGCAAUGAUGGUGAACUACGACAAUUUCGGUGAGGACCCCCGAUCUUGGGGCCCCGUCCGGACCGAGCGGAACGGGUUUUGGGAUCGGGUCGAUGGGUCCGGUUCCGGGUUCUACUUUUCCGGCGGGAUACCCUGGGGCUUGGAGGUGAACGUCACUGUGUGCAAAGAUGGCGGCGGCUGCGAUUUCCAGACGGUGCAGGAGGCGGUGAAUGUGGCUCCCGACAACCGUGGAGUUGGCCGGAAAUUCGUGAUAUGGAUCAAGUCGGGUGUUUACGAGGAGAUAGUCCGGGUACCGUUACAGAAGAAAAAUGUUGUGUUUUUGGGUGAUGGAAUGGGUAAAACUGUGAUGACGGGUUCAUUGAAUGUAGGCAUGCCUGGAAUUUCGACCUAUUAUUCAGCUACUGUCGGGGUCGUGGGGGACGGAUUCAUGGCGAGCAACAUCACUUUCCAGAACACAGCAGGGCCACCGACUUCCCAAGCAGUAGCAUUCCGAUCACAAUCCGAUCUCUCGGUGAUCGAAAACUGCGAAUUCCUCGGCAAUCAAGACACACUGUACGCACAUUCCCUCCGGCAAUACUACAAAUCCUGUCGAAUCCAGGGAAACGUCGACUUCAUCUUCGGCAAUGCGGCGGCCUUCUUUCAAGACUGCACCAUCCUAGUGGUUCCUCGCCAGGCCAAACCCGAAGCCGGAGAAACCAACGCCGUGACAGCCCAAUCCAGGACGGACGCGUGUCAGUCGACGGGUUUCGUUUUCUACAACUGUGUGGUCAAUGGUACGGAAGAGUACAUGGUGUUGUACAACAGCAAGCCCGGAAUCCAUCGGAAUUUCCUCGGCCGGCCCUGGAAGGAAUAUUCCAGGACCGUUUACAUAAAUUCGAGUUUGGGAUCUCUCCUUUCUUCUCAGGGAUGGAUGCCCUGGAGCGGCGAAUUCGCUUUGGCGACUCUUUAUUAUGGCGAAUUCGGGAAUGGAGGACCUGGUGCUGAUUUAGCUGGUCGUGUGCCUUGGAGUAGCCAAAUUCCUGAAGAACAUGUUAAUGUGUAUACUGUUGGAAACUUCAUUCAAGGUGAUGAUUGGAUUAGCAAAAGUGCGUGAUUUAACACUGAACUGUUUGAUUAUAGGAGUUAGGCAGAACAAAAACUCUGACAGAAUUAUAUUUGAAAGGGGAAAUAAAGCCCCCUCAAUAUUGGAGUGUUGACAUGACAUAGCAUAUAGAGAUGGAUACCUGCGGAACUUCAUUGGUCCGAUUCUCUUAGAUCAAGUCCUUAGAAGUUACUCGCUCUGACCGAAA